CCGGCUCGGAUGAACUGCGCAUGUGCGUCUAGUUACAGGGGCCACUGCUCCUUGGUCAGCGCCCGCUGUGGAAGCCGGCGACUAGAAGGAGUAUAUGCGUGUGUGGCGCUCGACCCGGCGUCCCAACGAAGGUGGCCAGAGCGAUGAACUCCCGGAAAGUGCUGGCCCUGCAGGCCCGGAAGCGCCGAGCCAAGCAUCCUGCGGCGCCCGGCAGGAAAGAAAAGCACCCGCCACACCACAAAAAGCCAGAGCCUCAACAAAAAGUUCCCUCUGCACCACCACCACCACCUCCUCCACCACCUCCUCCACCUUUGCCAGAGCCAGCGCCUCCAGAGCCAGAGGAGGAGAUUCUGGGAUCUGAUGAUGAAGAGCAAGAAGAUCCUGCAGAUUAUUGCAAAGGUGGCUAUCAUCCAGUGAAAAUUGGAGAUCUUUUCAAUGGUCGAUACCAUGUUAUCAGGAAGUUAGGAUGGGGACACUUCUCUACGGUCUGGCUAUGCUGGGAUAUGCAGGGAAAAAGGUUUGUUGCAAUGAAAGUUGUGAAAAGUGCUCAACAUUAUACGGAGACAGCCUUGGAUGAAAUAAAGUUACUUAAAUGUGUUCGUGAAAGUGACCCUAGUGAUCCAAAUAAAGACAUGGUUGUACAAUUAAUUGAUGACUUCAAAAUUUCGGGCAUGAAUGGCAUACAUGUCUGUAUGGUUUUUGAAGUACUUGGACAUCACCUUUUAAAAUGGAUAAUUAAGUCCAACUAUCAGGGCCUUCCAAUCCGUUGUGUAAAAAGUAUAAUUCAACAGGUACUGCAGGGUUUAGAUUAUCUCCACAGUAAGUGUAAAAUCAUCCAUACAGACAUCAAACCAGAAAACAUCUUGAUGUGUGUGGAUGACACCUAUGUGCGUAGAAUGGCUGCAGAAGCAACAGAGUGGCAGAAAGCAGGUGCUCCUCCUCCUUCUGGCUCGGCAGUGAGUACUGCCCCACAGCAAAAACCUAUUGGAAAGAUAUCUAAGAACAAAAAGAAGAAAUUGAAAAAAAAGCAAAAAAGGCAGGCUGAGCUACUAGAAAAGCGUUUGCAAGAAAUAGAGGAAUUGGAGCGAGAAGCUGAAAGAAAUAAAAUAGAAGAAAAUGUAACAUCUACUGUACCAUCCAAUGAACAAGAGGAUGAAUAUCACCCAGAAGUCAAGCUAAAAACUGUUGAGUUAGAGGAGGUAGCAGAUGAAGAACCUGGGAAUGAGGGUGGUGAAACGGAAGAUCAGGAUGAAAAGGAAGAUACAGAAAAAGAAAACACAGAGAAAGAUGAUGAUGUUGAACAAGAACUUGUCAGUUCAGAGGCUACAGAUCCCACAUGGAUAGAAUCCCCCAAAACAAAUGGCCACAUUAUAAAUGGUCCUUUCUUACUGGAAGAACAGAUUGAAGAUGAAGAGGAAGAAGAGGAGGAAUGCCCAAAUGCUGAGCAAUAUAAUCUUGAUGAGCCAAAUGCAAAAAAUGAUUACAGUUAUAGUAGCUCCUAUGAACAAUUUAAUGGUGAAUUGCUAAAUGGACGUCAUAAAAUUUCUGAGUCACAGUUUUCUGAAUUCUCAGCUUCUGUAUUCUCUGGAGCUUUAGAUUCUGUAGCUUGUGGUUCAGCUGUUUCUGAAGAAUCAACUGUAACUGAAAGGGACGGAAGUACUCCAUCUCAUGAUAGGAGCAGGACAGUUUCAGCAUCUAGUACUGGAGACUUGCCAAAAAGUAAGUCAAAAACCCGUGCUGCUGACUUACUGGUGAAUCCACUGGAUCCAAGAAAUGCAGAUAAAAUUAGAGUUAAAAUUGCUGACCUGGGAAAUGCUUGUUGGGUGCAUAAACACUUCACAGAAGACAUCCAGACACGACAGUAUAGAUCAAUAGAGGUUUUAAUAGGAGCGGGUUACAGUACACCGGCUGAUAUCUGGAGUACAGCAUGCAUGGCAUUUGAGCUUGCAACUGGUGAUUAUCUGUUUGAACCACAUUCUGGUGAAGACUAUUCCAGAGAUGAGGACCACAUAGCACACAUCAUAGAGCUGCUAGGCAAUAUCCCAAGGCACUUUGCUCUAUCUGGAAAAUAUUCUCGGGAAUUCUUCAAUCGCAGAGAUCACAUAGCAUUGAUCAUUGAACUGCUGGGGAAAAUCCCUCGAAAAUACGCUAUGUUGGGGAAAUAUUCCAAGGAGUUUUUCACCAAAAAAGGAGAACUUCGACACAUUACCAAACUGAAACCUUGGAGCCUCUUCGAUGUUCUUGUGGAGAAGUAUGGUUGGCCUCAGGAAGAUGCCGCAGAGUUUACAGAUUUUCUGAUUCCUAUGCUAGAAAUGGUUCCAGAGAAACGAGCCUCAGCUGGUGAAUGUCUUAGGCACCCUUGGUUGAAUUCUUAGCAAAAUCUCCAGAUAUAACUCUGGGCCAGCACCCACAUUCCUAUACAUCAGACUUAAAUGGUGACUGUCAUAAAUUCUCUUAAAAGGAUCAUAAAUGAGCUGGCUUCAACCCAGAUCUUUAUUUUGCUUUGAGGUACUGUUUGACAUUUUGCUUUUUGUGCGCUGUGUUCUUGGGAGGAGGGUAGUCUUUUUGUCUUCAGCUAGUAGUUUUACUGACUCUCUGCAGAAACACUAAUGUGUCUUUAAGCAUUGUUUCUCGUGUUGUGUGGCAUUGAGACAUUCAACUUUUUCAACAAAACAUCCUUUAUUCUCCCCUCGUGUUUUGACAGGUUUUGUAACUAUUUAUGGAAAAUAUUUUAGCUGAGUAUUAUAUAAUUUACAAGUGUGAGACAUUAUCAAGUCAGAACUGAGAAAACGUACAAUUAUUUGGGCAAAGGGACAUUGUUCUUGUAAAAUAGUGUAUGUAAAUGCACCUUGUAAAUGUUUAUUUCCAUUAAAAAUGGGAUGGGGACACAAUUUUCAGAGUAAAGCUAUUAAAUUGA